CUCUCACUCAGCCCGUACUGUCAGUCCCGGCUGGAGCCGCCGCCAGACCUAAUAAUAUAGAGUAUAAAGAAGGGAGGCUGUUAGGGAAGGUUCUAUCCUGCCGCAGGCAACUGCUAUACAAAGGGCGAUAAAGCAAACGACCGAUAUUGAGAGAGGACGAAUGCCGUCUAGAUUUUUUUUUUUUUUUUAUAUAUUACACAACUAUAGUUUGAAACUGAAGAAGAUUAUGAAGACUUCUGAAGGCAGGCAUUUGGUCGUCCUGUGAGCAAGCCAAUAACAUUUAUUUUAUAAGAGAGAUCUGAGAAGAGAUAUCUGUGUAUAGUGUUGGGACUGGGUAUACUGCCUGAAAAGCGCUGACAAUCGUGUUUUCGCAUCUUUAAAUGAAAAGAAUAGAUUCUAGACGCGAAAAAUAGGAACAUUAAUUGUGGCCGCUUUGGGAAACCGCCAGGUAUCAUUUCUCUCACAAAGGAGGGGUUCUUCUGGUACUGGGUUCGGCGGAGACACGUCGAAAAAGGGGAACGUUAAGUAUAAAUAUUAUACAAUUCGUUUUAAUUUGGAUAUCAUCGUUACAAACCAGUGUAUUCUUUUAUUCAGAACACCGGACAUAAAUACUUUUUUUUUUCUUCUAGAGCCUACAACCAAGGGGGAGAAAUAACUCGAUUUGCUAUAGCUAUUUUGGAUUCUACAUCGGUGUAUAUGCCCAACAAUACAAUCAAAAACAUACAAUACAAUCAAGAACAUACAAUACAAAUCAAAUACAAUAUAUUUUUGCAAGAACUCCAUGUGGUAGCUAAAAAGUAAAUAGACAAGCGCAGUCCUGCAUUCAGAAAUUGAGGAAGUGGACAUUUUAGUGGGUACUGUCAUAAAGCAGCCGAACGCAGAAGUAAUUGGGAAAUGCACACUUGGUCAGAGAACAUUAUAGAAGCCCCGGGAGAUUGUAUUUAAUUAUAUUGCUGGGUUAAACAGCAGAACUGCAGUUAAAAACGAAAAGCUGCCAAAAAGCAUUGUUACAAGACAGGGUAUUGCCUGGCUCAGAUUUCAUCCUGCACGGGGACUAGAGAGGGGAGAGGCACAGUCUAGCACAAAACAGAAUAGCGCAUGGAUAAUUUUAAAAAAAGAAGCCAAUAGCUAAUUUGCAUCGUCUGUUGCAACCGAUACCAGGUAGAUAAAUAGGGUCCUGGGUUCGAAAUCUAAUAAAGAACGAGAAGGAUACAUAAAUAAGCUUUUUUUUUCUUGUGGUGUGGAAUGAAGAUACUGGGAUAAUUCUUGGGUCUUAAAUAUUGCAACUGAUCACGGAGAGGAGAAGAGGGGCUAUUAAAAGCGACCGAGAUCCAAUUGUUUCUCAUUGUGAGAGACAGAUCAAUAAAAAAAAUUAAGAGGUUGGAUGCGGGGUCCCCUUAUAUUCUAGUGCGGUAGUUCUCAAAUCGGCGCCACUCUUUUAAGGCAGCAAGCUCGUAGAGAUUUGUUUGUGAUCAAUAAUAGGCGAACAGGUGCAAAGUAACCUACAGCAAACAGACGAGAAGGAAAAAAAAACAAGGAACACAUUGGUCCCCUGUUUAGGAUAAUGGAGGGCGAUCGGGACAUGUACCGCCAGUUUCAGGACUGGUGUCUCCGGACAUAUGGGGAUUCGGGGAAGACGAAGACAGUGACCCGUAAAAAAUACGACCGGAUAGUGCAGCUACUAAAUGGAUCAGAGUGCAGCUCCACAGACAAUGCUAAGUUUAAAUUUUGGGUCAAGUCCAAAGGUUUCCAGCUUGGGGUUCCUGAUGAGAUCAGCGGUGGAGAGAAGCAAGUGCUGUACGUGCCGGUGAAAACUACGGAAGGCGUGGGGAUAGAUGAGAAAAUAUCAUUAAGACAAGUGGCUGUGGUAGAGGAUUUCUUUGAUAUAAUUUACGCCAUGCAUGUUGAAAAUGGAACUAAUGGAGAAAAAACACGGAAACAUGCUGGACAGAAGAGGACUUACAAGGCAAUUUCAGAGACCUAUGCCUUCCUGCCACGUGAAGCAGUGACACGGUUUCUUAUGAGCUGCUCUGAGUGUCAGAAGAGAAUGCAUUUAAACCCAGAAGGAGCAGAGCACAAAGAAAACGGAAAGCCACCCACUUUGGUGACCAGCAUGAUUGACUAUAACAUGCCAAUAACAAUGGCCUACAUGAAACACAUGAAGCUCCAGCUACUAAACUCCCAAAACGAUGAGGAAGACAGUUCUUUGGAUAGCGAUGAAUUUGACACGAGUGACUCAACACGGAUGUCAGCAGUGAAUUCUGACCUGAGUUCCAACCUCGAAGAGAGAAUGAGCAGUCCCCAGAAUCUUCACAAUCAGCAAGAUGAUGAUUCUGCAGCCGAUAGUAUAAAUGGAAAUGAAAUGGUGGCAUACAGCUCUAGUGUUACUAGAGGGAGCCACUGUAGAGAGAUGGUGGACGUCAACAGCAGCUGCAAAGCAACACCAGAGCAGAACGAGCAGCCUCUGAACCUUAGUGACAGCCCCCCGGUGACUGAGUACCGCUCGGAGAACCACAGCACCAAUGGGAGGAGUAAAUACAAAAGCCUCCUGCUGCCAGAUGUCAAAUCGGAUCCCAAGGAAAACGGGAGUAAGUCACCUGCACACAGCUUCUCCAGCUAUGACUCUGGGAAGAAUGAGAGUGUGGGGGGUGGAGUGGAGGACCUGUCACUCAGCCGAGGAGACGAGGAUGAAGAUGAACACGAUGAUCAGGAAGACUCGGAGAAGGCCAUGGAGGCGGAAGGUGUGGAGACAGAGCGCCUCAAGGCUUUCAAUAUGUUUGUCAGGCUGUUUGUAGAUGAAAACUUGGACCGAAUGGUCCCAAUAUCUAAGCAGCCCAAAGAAAAGAUCCAGGCUAUCAUUGAGUCGUGUAGGCGACAGUUCCCUGAGUAUCAGGAACGUGCCCGGAAACGUAUACGCACUUACCUGAAGUCCUGCAGGAGGAUGAAAAGGAAUGAUUUUGAUGCGUCCCGACCUAUACCUUCACACCUCACUUCGGCAGCAGCAGAGAACAUAUUGGCAUCAGCUUGUGAGAGUGAAAGCAGAAACGCUGCAAAGAGGAUGCGUCUGGACAGACCACAGGAUGAAGCUGUUCCAACUGACAAACAGUAUAAACAAGAACCCGUCCAGGUCACUUUCCCAGUAUCAGCUGUUUCUACUGCACAGGAGGUGUUGUACAUCAAUGGUAAUGGAACCUACAGUUGCCAUAGUUACAGCGGGUUAGGGGGAGGACUGCUGAACCUCACUGAAGCUUCUAGCAGUGGACCUACUGAUCUCAGCAUGAAGAGACCAUUAGUGCCAAGCUCAGGCUCCUCAAGUAGUUCUGCUUCACGGCCCCAGCUAAACUCCACUGAAAUCAAUGCGGUCAGGCAGCUUAUCGCGGGAUACAGAGAGUCGGCAGCGUUCCUCCUCCGCUCAGCAGAUGAACUGGAAAACCUGAUCUUACAACAGAACUGACCUCUGAACGACACCAUGCCUAAAGAGAGGGUUUCCGCUCAAGACUUUCCUAUUUUGUUCUUGCUUCCUUUUGGUUGCACUUUUUAUGAUUGUAAAAGCCCCUUUGUUUUUAACUGCCAAAACAACACCGUAGUACGCAGUACUCCUGGAACAGCGUCACACAACAGUGGCUGCUUCGAAGCCUUGACCUUGGGUAUUUCACACGGUACCUCAUUGCUUAGUCAAGUGCUUUUCCUCCUGUGUCAACCAAACAAAAAAACAAACAAAAAUACUGCAAUGGAUUUUUUGUUAUUGCUGUCAAGUGAGUGAGGAAAGAAUUAAGACAAUGUGAAGUACAAAAAAGGUUUGAUAUGCACGUGCAAUAUUAUUGAUUGGUGCUACUGACUGUUUUCUUAGACUUUGAACUGAAUUUUUCUUUGAAUAUCAGUGUGUUUUUUUUUUUUUUUUUUUAAGACAUUCUACAGUAGCGAUAAUGUGGGACCAGCUAUGUGAAAAUCAAUCAUUUACUUAACCCUUUAAAGGCCAGACAUUUUGGAUGUUCCUUUUAAAGUAUUAAUUCGUUUAAACAUAAUAUGGAGUCCAUUGUCAAAUAAACACUUAGUAGCACUUACAAACCAUAGCAAAAAAACAGUGACAGAAAUGUUAAAGCCCAGAAACAUCAAACAUAAUCUUGAAAUACAGAAUAGCACAAAUAUAAAAGCACAUCAUCAAUCUGGGUCCUGGAUUUCAAAACGGAGAGUGUUAUUGUAACUAACAAUAAAAGAAGGAUGCAAAUAAAUGAACAAACUGUACUGUAAUGCUGUUACAUUCUGACAUUGUCAAUAUGAUUGCGGCCCUUAAAGGGUUAACAGCUUCUAGAUGAACAUUCCAUGUCCCGAUCCUGUGUUUCUAGAUGGCCGUUCCACAAUCCUGUGUUUCUAGAUGACCGUUCCACAAUCCUGUGUUUCUAGAUGACCGUUCCACAAUCCUGUGUUUCUAGAUGAACAUUCCAUGAUCCUAUGUUUCAGUCCGUGGCAACGUAAGGGUAGAAAGGACAGACUGCUGUCAAUCAGAUAAGUGUGGUACAAAGGGAAUUGUUUAAAUGUUACUUUCUGAUGGAUAAAGGUUAUUGGUAAUUAGACUCUGCUAUUGAAACUAUACUACAGGUAUGUAAGCCAUAUAGAAGAGUCCAGACAAUACACUAUCCAUGCUGUGAUAAUUUGCAGCUAGGAAAGGCUAUAUACACUGUAGGUAAUAACAAAGUAAAGCAAUGGCUAUUCUACAAGUACAGAAUCUGAGCUAGCUCUGUGGUUCCUGCUGCUUUGUUGUUAUUGUUAUUAUUAUUAUUAUUAUUAUUUCCUUUUCAGUUUAUUUUACUUGUGGGAUGUAUAUCGAAUGUUGCAAGGUUGCAAGUGACAAUCUGAAAUCUUUGCACUCUUCUGUAUAUUUUUCAAUUACAAACUGCGGUUGAAUUGAGGCUAUUUAGUUCUUAAGUAAUUUAUAUAUCGUUUCCAUGCUAAAUUCGGCACAAACCUGUUGCAGCUGAAUGCAGUUCUCACAGUUUUUGUAGUUGUACUUUAUGGUCUGUAACAUAUUUUUAUACUGUUGAGUAUAUAGAUGUUUGGUUUGAUUUCAGUAAAAAGAUUUAUUAUACGUGUUGUGAAAAUAUUUUCGGUUUAGCUUUUUGUGAUAAAAAAAAACACCCUUGAGAUUCUUACAUUUUUACAGUGAUAUAGCUUAACAGAUUGGUUCUAUGUGCAUACGAAAUCUGCCUUAUUACAUGUCAAAUCCUAUUUAAUUUUUUUUUUUUUAAACUGUUAUGAUGGCAGUUCAUAUAAAUAUAAAUAAAUAUGUUAUUACUGUUUCUGUUUAAUAACUGACUAUGAUUGUGACCAAGUAAUGUGCACUUUCUAUUGUAAUUGUGGACAUAUUCAUGCAUUUUCUAGUAUUUCUUACGCUUGUUGCUUAAAGUAAACUAAAUGCAAAUUUUUGUGAUACUGUUGGUGAAUUGUGAAAAGUCAAAUCAAUGAGAUACAUGUGGUUGAAUUUUCAAUAAAUAUAAUUUAAAGAAA